AACAGCGAGUGUAGCAACUGAAGUUUUGGGGAAGCAUACCACAACGAGCGAGAGCGCAGACUCGGAACCUGGGAAGACGCCCAGAAUCCAGAACGAGAAAGAAGACUGAAACCCAUGGGAAAUUAGCUCUGACCUGAGCCUCAAACUCAUAGAGUAGAUAUACCAAGAUGGCUAUGAACCCGACACAUGUAUCCGCCAAGGCAGAGGGCCGAAACCCGUUCACCAGGAUGUGCUACAUCUGUGGAAGAGAGUUUGGUUCGAAAUCAAUACAGAUCCACGAGAAAAACUGCAUCGAAAAGUGGGAUAAGCAGAACGCGGCGCUGCCCCGGGAUCAGCGGCGCACGCGGCCGAAACCACCGCAGCUCGUUGGCAACGAUGGCACGCCCGUGGGUGGAAAGAUGACGGCCGGCGAGUAUAACGAGGCGGCGUUUCAGACGUUUAUGAACGAGGGGAGGGAAGAGUGUCCGAAUUGUGGCAGAGGGUUCCUACGGGAUAGGCUAGAGAUUCAUCUUCGAUCAUGCAAACCAGGCGGACAUUUCGCCAAAGAACGUGAAAAACGUAUGGCAGCCGCCGCAGCCGCCAGCGGGAAAGACCCAGAACCCUCCACACUGUCCGCCACACCCACCAAAUCCAGAGCCGUCGAAUCUCUUGGCGGCGGUAAAGUCCAAGUCAUGGCCAGCCGAUCCCUGAAGCCUAAAACACGGCCCACCACAGCCGCGCGUCCAGCUUCACCCAUCCAGCCGAACUCAGCCGCGAAAGCAUCCGAAAUGACCCCUGAAGCGGGCGGUCAUCGCUUGAGAAGUUUCACAUAGAUCUGUCCCGCAUAGGCAGGGUUGCCUAUCAGUAUAUAUGCAAUGCCUUUUGGAAUAGCAGCAAAGGAGUGGAAACAAAGUUACAUUGUAUCUGUGAUGCAUCAUGUCUCAAGGUUCACCGCGAAAGUUACAG